UCGGAUCAUCAGCCUUGAAGAAAGCGUGCUGGAGGAGGUGGAGAGCAGUUGUCUGUCUCAUUUACGCGCAGCCCACUCCAGAGAACGCAGCAGCAGUUCAGGUCAGAUUUCACACCAACCCAGACUCGGUUGUCCUCCUCUCCCAGAAACAGCUCUCUGCUCGGUUUGCACCGAGAAACGCUGCGGAGAAAAAGCGGCGCAAACAUCCGGAUUUUUCCUGCCCACUUCCGUUUAAUUUCCUCUUUUAUUUAUGUAUUUUGUCAGAAUUCGAACACAGAGAAUUUAGAUUAGAGGAAGAAAUGGACGAGCAGCCGAGGUUGAUGCACUCCCACACGGGGGUAGGCAUGGCAGGGCACCCCGGACUGCCGCAGCAUCUCCAGGAAGGCACCGGCGGGGCGGACGGAGACGGACGGAAACAGGACAUUGGAGACAUUUUACAGCAAAUUAUGACCAUCACGGAUCAAAGUCUGGACGAAGCUCAGGCCAGGAAACACGCUCUGAACUGCCACCGAAUGAAGCCGGCCCUGUUCAACGUCCUGUGUGAAAUCAAAGAGAAAACAGUGCUGAGCAUCCGCGGCACCCAGGAGGAGGAGCCUCCAGACCCCCAGCUCAUGCGUCUGGACAACAUGCUGCUGGCUGAGGGCGUAUCCGGUCCAGAGAAAGGAGGGGGCUCGGCGGCGGCUGCAGCAGCGGUAGCUGCCUCGGGAGGAGCUGGGGCCGACAAUUCGGCGGAGCAUUCGGACUAUCGAGCCAAGCUAACCCAGAUCAGACAGAUCUACCAUACGGAGCUGGAGAAGUACGAACAGGCCUGUAACGAAUUCACCACCCACGUCAUGAAUCUACUGCGAGAACAGUCCCGCACCCGACCCAUCUCCCCCAAAGAGAUCGAGCGCAUGGUGAGCAUCAUCCAUCGCAAGUUCAGCUCCAUCCAGAUGCAGCUCAAACAGAGCACCUGCGAAGCUGUCAUGAUCCUGCGCUCACGCUUCCUCGACGCCAGACGGAAAAGACGGAACUUCAACAAGCAGGCAACAGAGAUCCUGAACGAGUAUUUCUACUCACACCUCAGUAACCCCUACCCCAGUGAGGAGGCCAAAGAAGAGCUGGCUAAGAAGUGUGCCAUCACAGUGGCCCAGGUUUCCAACUGGUUUGGGAAUAAAAGAAUCAGAUACAAGAAAAACAUUGGUUCUGCUGGCUCUUUUAACAUGUCAAAUUCCGGGGACUUGUUCAUGAGCGUGCAGUCUCUCAAUGGGGACUCAUACCAGGGGGCUCAGGUGGGAGCCAACGUGCAGUCGCAGGUGGAUACCCUUCGCCAUGUUAUCAGUCAGACAGGCGGAUACAGUGAAGGACUUACAGCCAACCAGAUGUACAGUCCGCAAAGCAUCAGUGCAAACGGAGGCUGGCAGGAUGCUCCGACCCCCUCAUCAGUGACUUCCCCCACAGAAGGACCUGGAAGCGUUCACUCUGACACCUCCAACUGAUCCUCCACCCUGUCUUCGUUGUUCUGAUUCCCAGCUUCCACUCACGUGUCCCAGCCUCCCUCGACAUCUCACGGACUGGACGUGAUGUAAAAUGGUGGGACACAGCUGGAACCUGGGAACAAUGCGAUGCUUCCACCAUCUUUUUCCUGUCUGGACCGCCGUUAGCAACCUGUGCUCUUCACAGUUUGUACAGUUUCCACUUGAUGUCCAUGUUGCCUCUUUAUUUUUACAUCAACAUGACACCCCCAUCCUGUAAACACUUUCACACUACCUCUCUAGGAAUCAGUGCAAACACUGAAAAUGCUUCAGUUUGACCUUUUUUUAUUAAAUUCCUCCAGCUUCACCCCACAAGCAGUCACUGCAUCCGUUUCAAUCCCGUUGUUAUUUAUCUACAGAGCUUUCUGCUCUGGAUUCUGACAUGUGGUUCAGUCAGGUAACAUCCAGUAUCCAGCUUCACUUUUAUCCUGUUUAGCGGAAGAAGUUUUGCUGCAGGCUCGUUAAAAGUGUUUUUUCUGAUCACAACAAAGCAGAAGAAAGUUCACGUUGACGUUCUGCAUCCAUGGCAACACUACGUUAACGGAAGCACAUCCCACAGAAAACAUCUCCCAGUCUGCUUUUCACACAUUUAACGUCUCAUCUGGAAUUUCAUGGUGAUGAAGCUUAGAUAAAAACAACCAGACAACAUCGUGGAUCAUUCUGAGCACAGAAACGUCUUCACUCGACAUAAAAUCUGAAUGAUCAGCAAAUCGGAAACAUCUGUAUUAUUAAGUUUCUGUGUGCACACCCCCCCUAAAGCAGCUCUACAUGCGUCAGCGUAUCAGUCCAGACGUGUUGUAUGUACAGUGAAGUAUGUGGUGUAACUUGAUUGCAAUAAUCCUCGAGAUGGGAACAUUUACAGACUUUGAUACCAAAAACUGACAGAAUUUCUAUCCUCUAUAUUGGCAUCAGCUUUACGAAGGUUUUCAUUUAACCUCUUUUGGAAGGAUUUUAUUACCUGCAGUACUAUUAUCUCAUUAAUACUUCAGUACUAAAAAUUCAAAGCCAAAAAAGCCGUUAAAACACAGACGUGUUUACUUACAUCUAACAUGGAAACGCAAGUGAUUUAUUUGAACUUUUCACUUGUUGUUAUUGUUUAAUAAGAGCUGCUGGACCUGCUGCUUUUUAAUGUGCAGCACUUUGGAGACAUGCACUUGUUUUUAAAAUGUGCUUUCUAAAUAAAGUGGGUGGAUUGGAGUCAUGGCACACGAAUCCAGAAAUGUUUGGAUGUAUUCAUUUUUCCAUUUUCUGAUAUUUCUUUAUUUUCCUUUGAUUUUAUUUAAACUGUUUUUAUUUAUUCUACUAUUUGAUGUGAAUUAACCCCAAGAAUGCUCUGUAAACAUGUAGAUAUGCACCUUUACUCUUCUGUUGCAUCUUUGAAUCUUUUCUAUGAAUUUAUACUGAAAACACCUGAACCUGCAUCCUUGAUGGCGGCUGGUCCAACGAAGGUGACGUGAAGACUUUUUUGUAACCCUGUCCUUUCUAGUUCAGUCUGGAGGUCCAAAAGGUCAGAAAACAGCCUGAAAAACACAGAUUUAUUUUAUCAGUUGUCAUCUUGUUUGUAAGAAAUACACCUGUAUGAAGUGGAGGCUCAGAGCAGCAGCGCGGAGGUGAACCGUGGCGGUACAGACUCGUCCGAAUGACUCACCUGCUCAGAGCUCCAGCUGAGCAGCGAUGCACAAAGUCGCGUCUUCAGAGGUCACCGGGCUGAACUGACAGCGCUGGCCCUGCAGAUUCUUUCUGCACCCUUAACUUGACUUUUCAUGCUGCCUGUCAAACACCACAGAAGCUUCGUGUAAUGAUGCUUUUUAGUUUUUGAAUAUGGAAGGACAGAAACGUGAAGAGAAAAAUGAAGUUUGUGAAAUAGAAAACGUUUUAUUGCUUGCAUGUCUUUCUGUUCUCCAGUAAACGACCUGCAGUGUUUUGAAACUUCGUUUUUUAUAAGGAUUUCUGAGGGAAAUUGUAAAUUCUUUUUCCUGACAGGUUUGAACUUUUAAGAUCACUGCAUAUGUAAAAAUCAAAGGGAAACCACUGACUUUUUAACCCCAGUUUGAACCCUGUUUUCUGUGGAGAGGAAUCUGAAAGGUGUUGGUUUCUGCUUUCUUUAUUCGUUCUGUCGGUGCGUGUCCCCAAAUAAACCCGUUCUUUUGUUGCAUAAA